AUGGUUCCACUGAGGUCCGAGGAGAAGACGCGGCGCACCUGGCGCCUACGGUCUGAGGCCAUUGCUCUCCCUCCACGACGACAUCAGGACAUCAUCAGUAUCGUUGCCAUGACCAGCAGGCUGCCCAAGCUCGUCGCCUUUGAUCUUGACUACACCCUCUGGGAUCUUUGGGUAGAUACCCAUGUCACUCCUCCUCUGCGCCGUGAUGGCGAUGCAGUGAAUUCGGUGCGCGAUAAGUAUAACCAUGAGAUCGCCUUCUACCGCGAUGCUCCAGAGAUCCUGCAUCGACUACGUGCAGCAGAGGUGGUGAUUGCAGCUUGUUCGCGCACGGGUGCGCCUGCUCUUGCUCGUCAAGCGUUGUCCCUACUCCUAAUUCCACCCAAGGCGGGAAAUAAAGAUGUCCCCCCGACGCCUGCAAUCCGGUUCUUUGAUCAACAAGAGAUAUACCCAGGUUCCAAGAUAACACAUUUCAAAAGAUUACAUCAGAAGACGAGGAUACCGUACUCAGAGAUGCUAUUUUUCGAUGACGAAAGCCGCAAUCGUGAAGUAGAGUCUCUGGGCGUAACCUUUUGCCUUGCAUCGAGUGGAUUAGACGACAAGACAUUCCAGAAAGGUCUGAACGAGUGGCGCAAGCGACACCCUGUCGAAGCGAUAGAGGAUGCUGACAAGAUUGCGAAUUAG